CAGACCGGAAGUGUAGCACUUCCGUCGCUCUGUAAACAUGUUCCUGUCUAGGCAGUGACAUGUCUUUGAACUUCACAUAGGUUCUCAACUUUCAUAAAGGACAUUGCUAUAACACUUUGUAAGCAUGUGCGUGGAUGUCUAGGUGAAACAUGCUGACCGCUGUCCGAGUCACCGGACGUUCCCUCAGAUACUUAGUAUCUCAAACUCUGCCAAGGACUCAGGUGAAACAUGCUGACUGCUGUCUGAACCACCAGAAGUUCCUUCAGAGACUCAGUGUCUCUAACUUUGCCAUGGACUCAGGAUACCUGCAGGCUAAUGUCAUCCUCCUGCCCAGUCAUCUGGCCAAUGACUUUGAAGCCUUAUGUCACAGAAAUCCCGCCCCUUUGCCACUCCUUUAUCGCAGCAAAUCAGGAGAGACUUCCUGUCCGGAUCUUGCUAAACAUGCUGACAUAAGGACAGAUAUUUCUCAGUACUGUGUGUACGAAGAGGGUGUCCUGGUGAAGACAGUCUCCAGUCUGUGGAGUUACAGCUCUCCGCCAAGGAUUGCGUCAGAGCAGCAGGCUGUGCAACAUGGCCCGUGCUCAGACAUGGUGUGUUUCUAUUUGGGCUGCAGUUUUGGCUUUGAGGGCAGACUGAAGAAAGCUGGAGUCCCUGUCAGGAACGUGGAGCAGGGCACAAAUGUCAGCAUGUAUAGGACUGCAGUUCCCUGUAUUCCCGCCGGAGUGUUCAGCUGCCCUCUAGUGGUCACUAUGCGUGCUGUUCCAGCUGGCAUGUUGGAUGCAGCAGUAGAAGCUACUCACCUCAGCCCGCUAGCACAUGGAGCUCCUGUACACAUAGGAGACCCAGCUCUCCUAGGCAUACAGAACCUGUCCAGACCAGACUAUGGGGAGCGAGUAGAGCUGCAGCCUGGUGAUGUCACGGUGUUCUGGGCCUGUGGAGUGACUGCUAUAGAAGCAAUACUCAGCAGCAAGCCCUCUUUGGCGUUCAGUCACUCACCAGGCUGUAUGUUCCUGACUGACAUCCCAGACUCCUCCCCUUCUUCCCCCAUACCUCCUCCCUCUGACAGCGUAGACCCUCCCGCCACGGAUCCCAAUCUUGAACUGAUCCCCCUCUGCUUUCUGGUGUCCCGCAAUCCCUUGUUGUACAGUUUAGUAUCUCGGAGGGCCACAGCAAAAAUCCGACAGCUGGAGACGAUUAUUGGAGAGGACCCAGGUCAGCGAGGGAUCAGAGCUUUAUUUGUUCAGGAUGAACUUCUGCGUUCCUGUCUGGCGCUCUCCCACGCUUCCUCCGUUGCCAUAACAACCGGCUUCCCCACACACUACAUGCAUAGCCCUCCUGACGAGACUGACGGCCCACCUGGAGCCAUUGCCAUGGCAACCAUGCUGCUGUCGCUAGGGAAACAGGUGUCAAUGGUGACAGACAGGAGAGCCUUGGAGAUGAACCAGGCCAUCAUUGAUGAAGCUGUGCAGACAGGUGUGCUGAAAACUGCCAUCCCAUUGGUCACAUUUGAAGACAGCAGCCCAGGCUCUGCACUGCACUUCCUCUGCCACCAUGGAGACCCCAGCAAGCCCAGGUACGACCACCUUGUGGCGAUAGAGCGCAGUGGACGUGCUACAGAUGGAAAUUACUACAACAUGAGAGGAAUUAACAUCAAACAUCUGGUGGAUCCUAUUGAUAACCUGUUUAUUGCUGCCAACCAUAUACCAGGAAUUACCACUACAGGAAUCGGUGAUGGUGGAAAUGAGUUGGGGAUGGGUAAGCUGAAGGAAAAGGUGACAACCCUGAUGCCGAAUGGGAGUCUCAUAGCCUGUGAUGUUCCCGCUGACUACGCCAUCACUGCUGGGGUGUCUAACUGGGGAGGAUAUGCUGUAGCCUGUGGGCUCUACCUGCUUCACACCUGUCCCUCCCACCAGCGAUACCUAAAGAAAGGACUUGGACUGGAACACACAACCCCCCGAGAACAGCUCCAGGACUGGACUGCUAACCUGCCAUCUGUGGACAAGGAGGAGUCUAUCCUUUCCACUCUGGUGCGUUUUGGGAUUAGAAGUGGAAAAACUGGUCACCUGGCCAUGGAAGUGGAUGGUUUGACCUUUCACCCCACACACUCUGAUAUCAUCACCAGACUACUGGAAGUCACACUGGGCUCCGCCACUCCAAACCCUUGAUCGACUGCUCCUGUCUAGAGGGAUAGUUCAAGUCAAUUGCCCAUCUGUGAGAUAGAGUAUUAAUAUAACCUUGAUGCUAACCGGUGUGGCGACUGAGGCCAAAUAGCUGUGAAUGCUCAUUAAGCUUAGAGCCCUGAGAAUGUAGCACCAGACAGGGAAACACACUGAAGCAUGCACAGGCACACAUACACAGACUCACAAUCAAUCAAUGUUCCACUGGGUGCAAUUGUGUUACCUCUCUACUCAGACUGCCGAAAGGAAGUGAGAGAGAGAAAAAAAGAAUGACAAGAGAGCUGUAUGUGUGUGUGUGUGUGUGUGUGUGUUUGUGUGAGAGAGAGGGAGUGAGAUUUUAGAUGCCUUGGUUACCUUUCAGCCCUCUUCCUUGACUACCAGUGACAAAGUGAAGUAGACUCAAGUAAAACCAGCUCUCUUUUUUCCCUCUCCCUCUCUCUGUCCGCCUCGCUAAUGAAUAAAUCAGAGUUCUGGUAUGACUUUGAUGCCUUUAAAGAACAGAAAUGUUUUAAAAUACACUUUAGAAUGGCAGAGGUUAUUCGUUGUAUUGUUGCUGACAGGAACUAGCCGAUGAUGUGUGACCAAAUGGAUCUUUCGCACAGAUUGGCAAUGUUUUAUGCCUCUAAUGGGCUCAAUGACAUUAAUGGGUCUUAAACAUUAACAGUUGCUCGUCAGUCCCCAAGUAUCUUAACAGUUCGUGUACCAGGCUGCUUCUUCAUUUUGACAUUGUCUCGAUCAGUUAAGCUUCAUGGUUGCCGUGCCAGAGAUCCUCUGAUCUAAUCUCGAGCAUUUAAUGAAGCACCAAGGCAGUUAUGUAGCUAGUGAUUUGUGUUUGCCACGACUGUCACUUUGAACGCAGGCAUAUAUGCAGUUUAAUUCCCGCGCCUUGGUGCUCAAGAGUUGCAGUCUGUAUCUGGAUAUCAUAUCUGGAGAAGGAAGAACAUAUUAAUGCAAGUGUAAAUGCAUUUAGAAUGUAUUGGGAUCAGAAUGCCAUUAGAUUACAUUCUGCGGGUGAUUUAAUAUUUAAUUAUUGGAUCGGAUGUCAUUAUCCAGAUAAUGCAUCCAGGUACAGAUCGUAUGUUAAUACCAGUUCUAAAUGGGUGCUUUUUGUAAACUGUAAGCAAAGACCAAUGACAGCCCAGUCAAAACUGGGAAAACUGACUCAAACUUCACCUAAAAUAUCCAGCAAAGUCAGUUUUUGCUCAGUUUACAUAGUUGGUCUUGAGGUUCAGGAGUUUGUUGAUGUAUAUUAUUCUAAACACUGACCAUUCAUUGGUCUGAUUUUAACACCUUUCAGUGCAACUCGGACACAUCAUCAGCGAUGUUACAUGGCUUCAUCAUGUGUUUUGGGUCUUUCAACAUCAGAUACCAUUGCCCAGGUCCAGGAGUGAUCAGGCCUCUCAGAUGUUAUUAAUGGUUCUCCUGAUGGGUUGGGGUUGAGUCCCCUAUAGAGUGACUAGCCUGCGAAGCAUUUUCACUCGACCUCGAUGGACUCCCACUGGGCCCUCCAUCCCCUGGUUUGCAGCCCCUCAGACUUGCCCCUCCAUCUGGUCUUCCCAGGGAACAGUGAACUCCAGCAAGACCACUUGUCUUGUUGUUUCCGACACCAGGGCCAUGUCUGGCCUAAUGCUGUGUUCCAUGCGACUCAGAACUCGGAAUUAUUCCAACUAAGAACUAAAAAGUAUAUUUGCUUGUAUUUUAUUAAAAUAAUACAUCCUAAAAUAUCGUGUAAAACCUGUUCUGAAUGUAAAUUGAUGUAAAAAAUAUAUUGCCAAUGUCAUUAUAGGUACACCAAGAGCGCUGCUGAGGGUUCCAUUGUGUGUCCACUUGACAAAGAACCAUCAGGGUUUUUUUCACUUUCGGUGUCAUGAACCAUCAUGCACCUGGAACGCUUUCAGGUCGGAAGUCGGAAAAUUUCAACUGGGAAAUAUCCGAGUACCGAGCAGUCUGGAACGCAGCAUGGGUGUAGUCCUUAAGAUUGUGUCUGGGAUGAGCUGUCUCAAGUUCAACCUUUAGCUGCCAGUCCCGUGCUGUAGCCAGGAGCCCCUCCUGGUGGGUUGGGAACAAUGGGUGUCUAGUAAUGUGUCAGUUCUUAAAAGCAAACUUUUCACCCAAAAGAAGCAACUUCAAUAUCUGUCAAACAUUAUGAUGAUUAGCAAAACGAUUUGCUCCGCAACAACACUGAACUGUGUAGUAAAAUAUUGCAGGAACUGAAGCUUUUAUUUAAAUGUUGGCAGGAAAAUUAGUUUGUGCAGAUUAUAAUGUAAUUUAAAUAAAAUAUGAUGUGUGCAAUCUGAA